AUGAGGAGUACAUUGGAAGAGGCGAUUGUGGAAUCGCGCAGUACGCCUCUCGAAAAUCGACCGCGACUUCCCCGCAUAGCCCUAAGCAAGCGGAAUCGGGCUGUCGUGAGGGCUCUGAACCCAAUGCUGGUGACCUAUUUGGAAGCCAGCUGGGACCUUUGCGAGACGGACUCAAUUCUUUUUGGCGCCGCGCUGGCAGUCUGCCGUAUCAUAGGCGCCAAGGUUUCCACGGCUGGACGCGCUACUGGCCAUAGUAGCGCUAUCCCAGCAUGGAGAAGAAGAAUUGAGGAACGUAUCGCAAAGGCUAGAGCUCUCAUCGGCAGACUGAUAUGCUUCAGAUCAGGAAACAACAGGCCAAGAAUUGUGCACACCGUCAGGAUGGCGUUUGCUGGGACAAAUGUCAGUUUGUCCCAGCCGGAUAUAACGCAAAAACUGACGGAGAGCAUAGAUGAUCUGAAGCAGAGAAUCGCUGCUUGGGGAAAACGGAUUCGGCGAUAUACCGAGAGGUCGACACGGUUCAACCAGAAUCGUCUCUUCCAGAGUGAUCAGAAGAGGCUCUAUGAAUCAUUGGAGCGACCAAUGGUAAGUGGAACGGGUCCAGCACCGAAUCAGGCCGACACUGUAGCAUUCUGGCGCGGCCUGUGGUCAGAGCCCGUAAACCACAGCGAGGGCCCUUGGACGGAAGUUGUGGCGAGUCAGUGUGCGGGUAUUACGCCCAUGGACCCCGUCAUCAUAACGCCGGAUGACGUAGCUGAGGCGGUCCGUAGGGCCCCGAACUGGAAAAGUCCGGGGCUUGACGGGCUGCAUCACUACUGGCUGAAGGGGUUCAUGGUGUGUCACUCUGUGCUUGCCCGACAGUUUCAAGAGGCUCUCAACCAGAAGUCGCUCCCAAGCCUCUUCACUACUGGGAUCACUCAUUUGGUUCCUAAAGACCAGGGUACCACAGACCCGAGCUCAAGUGAAAGGCAGGAACAGCUGUUAUCCCUUGUUAAACAAUCAUAUGAAUGA